UUCUAUUGCCCAUGACCGCCUAAUCAAUCAGCCAAUGACUAUCAGUAUACUAUCGAUUCCACUUCACCCCGGAACCACAUGGUGGUGCAAGUGACUUGCCACAAAUUGUUAACGAUUUGUUUUCCGACCGAUAUGGCGUCGGUGUUUCAGGUGAGCUUCUUUGUUUUGUUAGUUUGAUGGUUACUAGGUUUUUAGAUACAUAGACUUGGACAACAUCGUUGAUGUUUGAUAACUUUUAGCUUGUGUUUGUGUUUUUGCUAAGAAAUUAUAGUAGAAAUGGCUACACAGAAAUUGUUGCAGACAUUCAAGAAAACACCCAUUACUGCAAGCCCCACUUCAUUAUCUAAUUCAGAAUUGGCACAAAAGAUUGCUAAAACCCUAAUCAAAGCUGGCCUAAAACCCUUCGAAACAACCAACUCAUCUUUGCUUUCCAACCUAGAUUCUCACAUAACCAACCUUGUUUUCUCCAACCCAAAUGUCCCACUUCAUUCUUGCUUGAAUUUCUUCAACUUUUUGCGAAAAAAUCAAUCCUUUGUUUCUCAUAAACCUGAUCUUCAAUCCCAUCUAAGCGUUGUUUUUAGAUUGUUCAAGGCUAGAAGGUUUGCAGAAAUGAAAAGAGUUUUGACUUAUGUUGCUAUGGAUAGUAAUCUUAGAUGCCCGGUUGCAAAUCUUGUUUCUUUGGUUGAAGAGAGUGGAUUUAAUAAUGAACCCAACUUUGUGGAGAAGUUGUGUGAUAUGCUGUUUAGGGUUUAUGCCGAUUGUAAUUUGUUUGAAGAGGGUUUUCGGGUUUUUGAUUAUAUGGUGAGCUAUGAGUUAAAGAUUGAUGAUAGGUCUUGUAUUGUGUUUUUGCUUGCAUUGAAGAGGUGUGAUAAAAUGGAGGCUUGUUUGGGUCUUUUUAAAAGAAUGGUUGAGUUUAAUGUGGAGGUUACAGUUUAUUCUUUGACGAUUGUGAUUGAUGGGUUGUGUAAGAGACGAAGGGUUAAAAGGGCUAUCGAUUUGAUGAUUGAAAUGGCUAGCAAAGGGAUUAAACCGAAUGUUGUUACAUAUAACACACUUAUAAAUGCAUAUAUUAAGAGAACGGAUUUUGAUGGUGUUAAUGAGAUGUUGAGAUUGAUGGAAGUGGAUGAAGUUGCAUUUAAUGUGGCUACAUAUACUCUUUUGAUUGACUGGCAUGGUAGUUCUGGUAAGAUCGACGAAGUUGAGAGGAUGUUUGAAGAAAUGUGUGAGAAAGGGAUUAAAGCAGAUAUUCAUGUUUAUACUGUGGUCAUUAAUUGGAACUGUAAAAUUGGAAAUACAAAAAGGGCAUUUGCCUUGUUUGAUGAGUUGACUGAGAAAGGCCUUGUUGCCAAUGUUCACACAUAUGGAGCAUUGAUUGAUGGUGUUUGCAAGGCUGGUGAAAUGGAGGCAGCUGAGAUAUUGGUGAAUGAGAUGCAAACCCGAGGGCUUGAUGUCAAUCAACUGAUAUAUAAUACGCUUAUAGAUGGUUAUUGCAAAAGGGGGUUGAUAGAUGAAGCUUUUAAGGUGCAAGUCAUAAUGGAGAAGAAAGGAUUUGAGAAUGAUAUCUAUACUCUUAACACUAUUGCUGAUGGGUUACGUAAAUUGAACCAGCCUGAAGAAGCAAAGAGGUGGUUACUUACAAUGAUUGAAAAGGGCGUGGUUCCUAAUGUUGUCAGCUAUACCACUUUAAUUGACAUAUAUUGCAAGGAAGGGAAUUUUGUGGAAGCAAAGAAACUGUUUCAAGAAAUGAAGAAAGCGGGGGGAGAGCCUAAUGCUGUUACAUACAAUGUUCUAAUUGAUGGGCACAGCAAGAAAGGUAGGAUGAAGGAAGCUUAUGAGCUAAGAGAUGAAAUGAGAGCAAAAGGGAUAUUCCCAGACAUAUAUACUUACACAUCACUUUUGCAUGGAGAAUGCAUUUUUGGGAAGCUGGAUGAUGCAGUGGAACUCUUCAAUGAAGUGCGCCAAAAGGGCUUACCUCUCAAUGUAGUCACUUAUACAGCAAUAAUUUCAGGCUUGUCCAAGGAAGGAAGAUCUGAAGAAGCAUUCAAGUUGUAUGAUGAGAUGACAGAGGCAGGUCUUACACCUGAUGAUAGAGUCUAUACUUCACUUGUCAGCAGCCUUCACAAAGCAUAGUUUAUCUUUCACAAUUUUUUUUGUGAAGCAUGAUAUGUUCUUGAAGGAAGAGACCCAGAAAUUCUAUGAAGUUGUCUUGGGAUUUGUGCUCAACUGCCCAUCAAAAGGCCAUUGUCCAAUGUUUUGAAGGAGAUUGGCUGUUCAACUAUGGUAUCAGUAUUUGGCUUCCGUUUACUUGAAUCAGACCGGCUAAUUGUAAUGAAUCUUUCAGACAUGUACAUUUCCUAGGAACUUAGAGGAGAGGACAAGAUGAAGCAUGUGACAGCAAUUAUGGGAAGGUGGCUUGGCAAACUCGCAGUUGAUCAGCUCAUCUUUCAUGUUGCAAUGUUCAAUUUCCAAAAUCUCCUACUUCUUUCACCCGUACUCUUCAUGCCUUCUCAAGCUACCCAAAGCCUAUAGAAUCUUUACCCCCCUGUUGCGUGUUGCUUUGUCCAAUAGCCCUCAGUGACGUAAAAAAUGAAGAGGAAUGGAAAAUACCUGUCUUUUUCUGUAAUGAUGUCUACCAAGUCUGACUCUUAAGUCUUACUCAUACUGUAAAAACAGGGGGGUAAAGCUGGGAGGUGCUUGCUUGCUUUGCCUUGCGAAACCGAGUUCAGGACGGUGAUCCACUUAAGUUCUGGUGAAGUAGUUUGCAAAUUGAUUUGCAUACUAUGCGAUGAGAGGACGAAAGUUAUGUAACAUGGGAAAAAAAGAGUAGGGUCUACCUUGUUCUUGGCUCUGAGGAGUUCCCAAAUUCUAUUAAAACAUUGCUCCUUAAAUAUCUACCGGUCGACUAUAGAUGUGUAAAUGUGUCUCUCAAUUGCAUUGUGAAGGGAGAUCGAAGACUGAUUUUCUGACGCUGUGGGGGCACAAGAUGGAAAAGGAAGAGAACUGCUCAGGCAUUUUUUUUUUUCUUUCAUGUGAGACAUAUACAUUGUGACUUCUGAGUCUCAGACAGACCAUGUCAAUUAGAUGUGCUUAGUGACAAACACUAGACUAAACCUGUAAGCCAUUUUUCAGGAGUCCAGUAGUUGAGUCUUUUGACAGCAGAAUUGGCCAUCAGAUGGCUUCAGGCAAUACCAAUCAUGUUUAUCACCGUUUUUGCAUCAUCCAAA